AACAUAAAAUAAGACUAAAAACGCAAAUCAAAGAAAUAUAAAAUCAAAUCAUUAAGGGCUAAAAAAAAUUGAUGAUGUAGGGCACGAACUAAGCAUAGGACUACAAACUUCAUGUGUCGAAAGUAUGUAUGGAAAAUCCUCAUAAACCGGCAACGCAAAUUUAUCAUCGAGUUAGGCUGUGCCUGUCAGCUUUGGAUUUAAGAGCACAAGUUGAUUGCCAUUAAUGGCGUCUAAGGAUCACCCUCGUCGAAUCAUUCCAAAUUUGUUUCCUCUACAUGUUUGUAAGGAGCUGGAAUUCAUUCACAAGAGCAAUUGUACUGUUGGGUACAGGCCUAAUGUGUUCUCCACUACUCUUUCUCAUCUUAUCGCUACUAAUUCUUCACAUCUUAUCAUGCCUUUCAUCUCUCUUCGAGAGAAAUUGAAGGAGAUAGUAGAGGAAACGUUUGAUUGUGAGUAUGAAUUAUUUAUCGAAUUCACCGGUUUAAUUAGUUGGAAUAAAGGUGCAAGCAUUGGAUGGCACAGUGAUGAUAACAGGCCCUAUCUCAAGCAGCGUGUCUUUACGGCAGUCUGCUAUUUGAACAGCUACGGAAAAGAUUUUAGUGGUGGCAUGUUUCACUUCCAGGACGGGGAGCCAGGAAAUUAUGUGCCCAUGGCUGGGGACCUAGUCUUGUACUCUGCUGACAGCCGCAAUGUCCAUUGUGUUGAUGAGAUAACUGAUGGAGAACGACUAACUUUAAUCCUUUGGUUCAGCCGUGAAAGUUCUUUUGAUGAGGAUGCUAAACUCCUUUCACUGUUGGAUCAGAGCAUUUCAGAUAAUGAGCCUGUCUCAUGCAUUCCCUUACCAGCACCUAGCAAUAUGUACUGGUAUUCUCUGAACCAAGCUUGUGAUAAUCAACAAGGAUAUGACAUACACUUCGCAAGAUUAUUUGUUCUGGGAUUUGAUAUCUAUCCCACCCAAGAAAAGAGUUGUUCUUCAGAAAAACUCUCCCAACACAGCUCCAAUGUAUUUAUGGAACCUUUGCAGCUGGUUAGGGAAGACAAGCUAUAUAGCAGAAAGUUUACCAACCUGUUGCAUGCCCUCCAGGCUGUACAAUUCUAUUACUGGAAACAGCAAGCCCUUCAACAACGGGAAAUCUUUAUAGACAAUACCAGUGAUGUUUCACUAUUAUCAGACGAACAAAAAGAAGUUGUUCAUGCACUAAGAUCUGCUUUCUCAAGUGCUAUACAAUCGGAUACGAGAGUAUUAUGUUAUUCAUCCACAGCUGACAGCAGUAAACUUCCAUUUGAUUGGGCUUGCUUUUCUGCUGCUAUAACAUGUUGGGAAGAAUACACAUUUGAGUUACUUAAGCAGUUGCGAAUGCAUAUACCGUUCUGGAAAGACUAUCAAUCAUUAUUUUCCGUCUCAUCCUCACUUGAUAAAUGAAUGUGAACACCAUGUUCCUCUGUUGAAGGUGUACUAUUGUUACAAUGGUGAGCUUUGCUCAAUGGUGGAUACUGAAUAGUAACAAAUGCUAUUUUUAUUAGGAUACAGGAUACGCCGAGUGAAGAGGAGGACUUGGAGAGGAGGCAGCGAAAUUAAACCCAUAUCCUACAUGGGAGUAUGUGCUCUACUGAGACAGGACCCGAUUCUCCUGCUAGUUUUGAUUCAAGUAGUAUCUGCUAGUUUUGAUUCAAGUAGUAUUUGCUAAUAUACUCCUUUUCCUCGUGUUCUUACACCAACAUUAGACUUUGGAAAUUGUGAUGCAUUUGUAUGAGACUAAUAUCACCUAAAAAUUAUGGUGAUGGAAACACACAAGGCGACUCGCAAGUUGCAAAAAUACAGCUAGUCCUAAUUAGAUAAAACAAAAGGGGAGAAAGAAAUAAGACUAUAAGAGGUCAACCCUCUUUGUAUUUUUGUACUAAGCUUCACAAAAAAUGUGAGGUCCUUUUCAAACAAAUUAGGCAAAUUAUAUGAAACAUAUUGGUGUACCAAUAUAUUAUGUGAACUUUUUAUUUACGUAAAAUUAUAGAUGAAGUUGGUUGCUAACAAUUUAUUAGAGACAAUUGACUGUUAUUUUAGGGGUAAAAUUGUGUUUCAUUAUUUUUUCCAGAUUCUAUAUAGGUGGAAGCUAUUUGAUAGCAUUUAAAUAUCACGGUUCCUACUCUCAAGCUUACUUUUUCUAUCCAUCUAAAU